GCACUCGGCCCCCGCCCAGCGACGGAGGACCAAGGCAGCAAUGCCCCCCCAGCGCAGACAGCCACCCCCCACCCAGGCAGGGCCGGGCCCUCCGAGUGGACAAAGUUUAAACCUCACAAAUACAACCAAACAAUCAACACUGGGAAGCACUUUUGACUGGUUAAAAUCCUAUCUUUUUGUCCCUUUUUGUAAUUCCAGAACUCCCACAAGAAAAUGUUUGUAAGGUGGAGGAGGACGGGGUUUUCAGUGACCAGCACCUGGAUAACCUGGAGAGGAGCUGCAGCCCGGACCAGGAGGAACCAGGGCAUCCACAGACUACAGAACUGGAGGAAGACUCCAGCGGUCAGGAGAUGAAGCACGAGGACGUAGAGGUGGAAGUCUCAUUGGUUAAUGUCGCUGAUGUGAAAGUUGAAAAUGGUGAACCAGGACCAAACUGUGGCCAGCUGCUGUUGCACACUUCUCCUGAAGCUCAAAACAAAGAUGAGGAAGGGACUGAAAGUUUACGCUCAGACUCCAGUAAAACUGCAGAUCCAGAGCCAAUGAGACGACACGGUGACCACGAAGAUGCUGCUGUCCUGUCAGACAGCAACUGUAAAUCAAAGCUGACCAGGACCCACACGGGGAAGAAGGCGUUUUCUUGCAGCACUUGCAGGAAAGAGUUCAGUAGACAUAGUAUUUUAAUGGAUCACAUGAAGAUCCACACUGGUGAAAGGCCGUACCUGUGCAGCACCUGCGGAAAAUCGUUUAGACAAUCAUCAACGCUCAAGAACCAUACAAUGAUCCACAGGGGCGAGAAGCCGUACCUGUGCAACACCUGCGGAAAAUCGUUUAGACAAUCAUCAACGCUCAAGAACCAUACAAUGAUCCACAGGGGCGAGAAGCCCUACAUCUGCAAAAUAUGUGGAAAAAGUUACAGGCAACGUACCAGCCUGGUGAUUCACUCGAGGACCCACACUGGCGAAAGGCCGUACCUGUGCAACACCUGCGGAAGAACCUGUACUCAUUUAUCGGAUCUUAAACGCCACAUAGACACGCACACGGGCAAGAAGCGGUAUUUGUGCAAGACGUGCAACAAAGGUUUUAGUCGCAGAAUUGAUUUGCGGAGUCACAUGAAAAAUCACCCGGAGGAGAAGUCUGGUGACUCGUGACAAAUGAAGCUCAUGUUGUCGUCCUCCGGGGGCAGCUGUCCACUCCUGUCUGACCCACAGAAGAAGAACCCGGAGAAGUCCAACCACCACCUCCUGUGGCUGAUGAGCCUAAUCCACUCCCGCAAGGGUUGCAGGUUCAACCCGGAUUUAUGCUUCUCCGUCAACUUGACGCAGAGGGAUCGAUGUGGUUGUGUACUUUUUGUUUAAAGUUCUGCAUUGAGUUUGUUUGAAUCCCUGUUCCUUCUUAAAAUUGUAUUAUUUGUUGCUGUUGGUAACUUACCGUCUCCACGGUGCAAAUAAAGAGCUGUUAGUAUGUGCUGAAGCUUCUUUAAACGUGAGUUUAUUUUGUUAAUCUACAAAGCCUCUCACACAUCCUUUUUCCCGUCUGUUUCUUCUUCACUCACAUUCUCUUUGUAAAGUUAAUCUGCAGCUGCAUGUUGUUAAACU